AUGAAAAUCAAAGCACUGUCUCGCCCGACGGCGUCGCAGCAGGCCCCCGGGUCUGCUACCGUUCGUCAAUCACGGAAUUUGGACCCGGCCCAGCAUCCUUUCGAGAGAGCGAGAGAAUAUACUCGGGCUCUUAAUGCCAUCAAGAUGGAGCGCAUGUUCGCGGCUCCCUUCUUGGGUCAGAUGGGCGAUGGUCAUAUUGAUGGUGUGUACUCCAUGGCUAGAGACCCUCUUUCGCUUGAACGCUUUGCCAGCGGUAGUGGCGAUGGUGUGGUAAAGGUGUGGGACCUUACGACCCGAGAGGAGAUUUUUCAAACACAAGCGCACGAAGGUAUGGUGAAGGGCCUUGAAUUCUUGCCCGAGGAGAGAAAACUUUUGUCUUGCGCGAGUGACAAGACCAUCAAGUUGUGGGACCCGUACAACUCGACCGCCGAGGCCCCUCCCAUCACAAGCUACCUGGGAACGAGUGCCUUUACCAGUCUUUCACACCACCGCUCGCAGCCUGCAUUCGCAGCCGCCUCAUCUGUGAUUUCCAUCUACGAUCUCUCGCGGCCUUCCUCCUCCCCUUCGCAGACUCUGCACUGGCCGACCAGCGUUGAUACUAUUACAUCCGUUGCAUUCAAUCAGUCAGAAACCUCGAUUCUGGGUUCUACUGCCCUUGAUCGAUCUGUUGUGCUAUACGAUUUGCGAACUUCUUCCCCAGUGCACAAAAUGGUCCUCAAGCUCGCAUCUAAUAAGAUCGCAUUCAACCCCCAGGAGACUUUCAACUUCGCUGUGGCCAACGAGGACCACAACGCCUACAUCUUCGACAUGAGAAAGACUGAUCGGGCUUUGAACGUGCUGAAGGACCAUGUGGCUGCUGUUAUGGAUGUUGAGUUCAGCCCCACUGGUGAGGAUCUGGUCACCGCCUCAUACGACCGAACUGUUCGCCUUUGGUCCAGACAAAGCGGUAGAUCUAAGGAUAUUUACCACACCAAGCGGAUGCAGCGUGUCUUCUCCGCCACUUUCACUCCUGAUAGCAAAUAUGUGCUGUCUGGGUCAGAUGACGGAAAUGUUCGUCUGUGGCGUGCCAACGCAUCUGACCGUAGCGGAAUCGUGAGUGCACGUCAACGCAGCAAGCUGGAGUAUGACAAAGCCCUUAUCAAGCGCUACUCCCACAUGCCUGAAAUUCGCCGCAUCCAGCGCCAGCGUCACGUGCCCAAGCCUAUUAAGAAGGCUGGUGAGAUCAAGCGUGAGGAGUUGGCUGCUAUUAAGAGGCGCGAGGAGAAUGUGCGGAAACACACCAGCAAGAAGAACCUGAAGCCCAGACAGAGCGAGCGCGAGAAGAUGAUUCUGACCCACGAGCAAUAA